AUGGACGGGAGGGAGUCCACGGUGGCGUCGGGGCCCAACUUCUCGUCGUUCUACGCGCAACACCGGGGCAUCGGGGCGCCUGGUGUCCCCGGCCACUCGGCGGGGCUCCACGGCCCGGCUCCCGGCGGGUACAGGCAGCAUCUUGAUGCUGUCUCUGCGGGGUACGCAUUCCAGACCCCGCAUGUUGGGGGUCCCCACAUUGGGCAGGGGUACCACCAUGUCGAGGCGUCACAUCAUGUGGCGCAGCACAGCGUCGGUGGCGGCUCCAGCUCCGGCGGCGGUGGUAUGGACAUUGGCAUGGGUGCGGCCGUGAGCGCCGAUGUUAAGGGGGAUCAGGGGAGUGGGCCUGGCCAGGAUGAGCAGGUGAAGAAGAAGCGGGGUAGGCCAAGGAAGUAUAAGCCUGAUGGGGCGGUGACUCUCGGGUUAUCACCCUCUUCGUCAUCGACGCCUCACUCGUCCAGCCCGGGGAUGGGAACCAUGGUUUGCACCACUCCAGGUUCUGGAUUUGGGUCGGUGGGAUCAGGGGGUUCAGGUUCGGGUGCGCCAUCAGAGAAACGUGGCAGGGGGCGGCCACCUGGCUCUGGAAAGAUGCAACAGUUGGCUUCGCUUGGAAAGUGGUUUCUUGGCUCUGUUGGAACAGGUUUUACUCCUCAUGUGAUUAUUAUUCAACCUGGAGAGGACGUUGCUGCCAGAAUAAUGGCCUUCUCACAACAAGGCCCAAGGGCAGUGUGUAUCAUCUCAGCAACUGGAGCUGUUUCUACAGCAACCCUUCAUCAGGAUUCAGACUCUGGGGGAGUGGUUACAUACGAGGGUCGAUUUGAGAUCUUGUGCCUUUCUGGGUCGUACUUGGUGCUAGAUGAUGGUGGUACACGGACCCGGAGCGGAGGGCUUUGCAUAGCUUUGUGUGGUCCUGACCACAGAGUUAUUGGUGGGAGUGUAGGUGGAGUCCUGACAGCAGCUGGAACAGUUCAGGUGAUAGUGGGGAGCUUCAUGUACGGAGGUUCAAAGAAGAACAAGGCGAAAGCCGAGGCGGACAUGGAGCCCGAGGAGGCGAAUGCCGGCGACGAAGAGGUGGCCCCUGCGAUGGCACUUGCAGAGCACAGCAGCAUGGCCCCUCCUCCUGCGAUGAGCGGCGGGUGGGCAUCGGGCAUGAUGCGGCAGAUGGACUCGAGAACUCCCAACAUCGAUAUCAACUCGAUCCGCGAGUAG